AACAAAGUACAGGUCAAAUCCUCCAUAGCAGGACGACCCUGCCUCCCUCCUGUCAUGGAUCUGCCCCGCGCUGCCGGCCACCAGGACCGCCACCAGCAUGCCCAGUUCCACACCGAGCAGGACCUGCCUGCACCAGCACUGGGACAUCACCCCAAGUUUAAGAGAAAGCACCAGCUCAACCAAAGAGAAGGUUCGAUUCUACGCCUACCCAUCAGUGCCACUUAGUGGUAAACACAUGCACCACGGAUGGAUGAGCUUGGGGGCAGCCGAGGAGGACAUUAAACUCAUCACACUCACUGCCUUUAUGGGAGAUAUCGCCCUUGAUGAAGACGACCUCCGUAUGUUCAAAGAAGCCCACAUCAGUGCUGGUGCACAGCACACCGUCCAGACCAACCGCACAGACUCAGUUAACAGUUCCACUUCCAAUGAGGGCGUCAGGAGUAACAGAGCUGCAGAUAGACAGGGUCUCCGUCGUCGUCGGAGAGCAGCCACCUCCAGACCUGAGCGAGUGUGGCCGGAUGGUAUCAUCCCGUACGUGAUCAGUGGGAAUUUCACCGGCAGUCAGAGAGCCAUUUUCCGUCAGGCGAUGCGUCACUGGGAGAAACACACUUGUGUAACGUUCACUGAGAGGACGACUGAAGAAAGCUACAUUGUUUUCACCUACCGACCUUGUGGGUGUUGCUCCUACGUGGGGAGGAGAGGCGGCGGCCCUCAGGCCAUCUCUAUAGGAAAGAACUGUGAUAAGUUUGGCAUUGUGGUGCAUGAACUCGGCCACGUGAUCGGUUUCUGGCACGAGCACACGCGUCCGGACCGAGACGAGCACGUAAGCAUCGUCAGAGACAACAUCCAACCAGGACAGGAGUAUAACUUCCUGAAGAUGGAGCCAGGCGAGGUCGACUCACUCGGGGAGGUGUACGACUUUGGCAGCAUCAUGCAUUACGCAAGGAAUACGUUUUCCAGAGGCAUCUUCUUAGACACCAUCAUGCCCCGUUAUGACGUUAAUGGAGUCCGGCCACCUAUUGGACAGAGGACCAGGCUCAGCAAAGGGGACAUUGCACAAGCCCGCAAACUCUACAAGUGUGCAAGGUGUGGGGACAGCCUGCAGGAGAGUGCUGGAAACUUCUCUUCUCCCGGUUUUCCGAAUGGCUACUCAGCUUACGCCCACUGUGUCUGGAGGAUUUCUGUCACUCCCGGAGAGAAGAUUGUUCUGAAUUUUACUUCCAUGGACCUCUUCAGGAGUCACCUGUGUUGGUACGACCACGUGGAGGUCCGAGACGGGUUCUGGAGAAAAGCUCCUCUGAAAGGCCGUUUUUGCGGAGACACACUUCCAGAGCCGAUCAUCUCAACGGACAGUCAACUGUGGAUUGAAUUCAGAAGCAGCAGCAGCUGGGUGGGCAAAGGCUUUUCAGCAGUCUAUGAAGCCAUCUGUGGUGGAGAGGUGAAGCGGGACAGCGGCCAGAUCCAGUCCCCCAAUUAUCCCGAUGACUACCAGUCCAACAAAGUGUGUGUGUGGAAAAUCACAGUAGCAGAGGGUUUCAAUGUCGGCCUCUCCUUUCAGUCGUUUGAGAUUGAGAGACAUGACAGCUGUGCCUACGACUACGUGGAGGUGAGGGACGGCAGCUCAGAGACCAGCCCGCUGCUCGGCCGUUUCUGCGGCUACGACAAACCCGACGACAUCAAAAGCAGCUCCAACCAGCUCUGGCUGAAGUUUGUGUCUGACGGCUCGGUCAACAAAGCCGGGUUUGCAGCCAACUUUUUUAAAGAGAUGGACGAGUGCUCCAGACCCAACAACGGUCACUGCGAGCAGCGCUGUCUGAACACGCUGGGCAGCUACAGGUGUGCUUGUGACCCCGGAUAUGAGCUGGCAGCCGACAGACGCAGCUGUGAGACAGCUGCCUGUGGCGGCUUCAUCACCAAGCUGAACGGCUCCCUCACCACCCCCGGGUGGCCCAAAGAAUACCCUCCCAACAAGAACUGUGUGUGGCAGCUGGUGGCACCCAUCCAGUAUCGCAUCACUCUGGUGUUCGAUGUGUUUGAGACCGAAGGGAAUGAUGUGUGUAAAUAUGAUUAUGUGGAGGUGCGCAGUGGGUUGAGUUCAGACUCGGAGCUUCAUGGGAAGUUCUGCGGAGUGGAGAAACCCGAGGUCAUCACCUCUCAACAAAACAACAUGAGGAUCGAGUUCAAGUCCGACAACACCGUCUCCAAGAGGGGCUUCAAGGCUCACUUCUUCUCUGAUAUCGACGAGUGCUCCAAAGAAAACGGAGGCUGCCAGCAUGAAUGCGUGAACACCUUCGGGAGCUACAGCUGUCAGUGCCGCAGCGGCUUCAUGCUGCACGAUAAUAAGCAUGACUGCAAAGAGGCGGGCUGUGAUCAUGCUGUGAACACUGUGUCAGGCACAAUGAGCAGCCCCAACUGGCCUGAUAAGUAUCCCAGCAAGAAGGCCUGCACCUGGUCUCUGUCCACAACCCCAGGCCAUCGUAUCAAACUAGUUUUCAACGAGAUCGACAUGGAGGCUCAUCUGGAGUGCACUUACGACCAUGUGGAGAUCUACGACGGGCGAGACUCACGCGCCCCGAGUCUCGGGCGCUUCUGUGGCACUAAAAAGCCCUCUCCAGUCAUCUCCACUGGCAACAAAAUGUUCCUGCGUUUCUUCUCUGACAACUCAGUGCAGAAGAGAGGCUUUGAGGCUUCAUACAGAGCAGAAUGUGGAGGAAGUCUGAAAGCCGAGGUCAAGACAAAAGAUCUCUACUCUCAUGCACAGUUUGGAGAUAACAACUACCCCGGCGGCUCCGACUGCCUGUGGGUGGUCUCCGCUGAGAAGGGUUACGGCGUGGAGAUCAUCUUCCAAGUGUUUGAGAUCGAGGAGGAGGCCGACUGCGGGUAUGAUUACGUGGAGCUGUACGACGGCGCUGACAUCAAGUCUCCGAGGCUGGGACGAUACUGUGGAUCUGGGGCCCCAGAGGAAGUCUACUCAGCCGGGGAUGCCAUCGUUUUAAAGUUUCACUCAGAUGACAGCAUCAAUAAAAAAGGUUUUCACGCACGCUACACAAGCACAAAGUUCCAGGACACGUUACACGCAAGCAAGUGACUCUCUGAAACUGCCCCAAACCUAAAUGGAGCCUUCACCCCUAACAUUUGGUCGGACACACCCAUCUCCAGGCGAGGAGUGGAUGCAUGGAUUGAUACCACAAACACCAACCCGCCUGCAUACUUUACAUUCACAUCUGUUAGACGGAGUGAAGCCAUGCAGACAAAUUGCAUCUUUUACUCUCCUUCAUUACAUAGCUGUAUAGGAUGAAAGGCGAGGACUAUAGUUUGCAGUGAUUAUUUUUGAGUAAAUCCUGUAAUGAGCUGAUUACGUCAUAGCACUGUGUUGAGAUAUAAAAUGUAUAUAUUGUGGUAUAGUUUUCUUGUUUGUUUGUUUUUAAUCAUAAUGUGUCACCUUUUACUGUCUGGGGUUGAAAUUCAUUUCUAAUGAAUGUAUUGUAUUAUAUCGCAGGACAAAUGCACAUAAUAAUAAUAAUAAUAAUGAUAAUGAGUAUGGAGGAUGAAAAAAGCUCAAUUAUUUCCUAAAAAUCAGACCUGCCUUUGAUUUACUUUAGUGAAGAUUUUGAGUACAUUAACAUUCCCUCACAGUAUAUUUUCAGUGCGAAUUUUGAGUGGGGUUCCUGUGCUUUAUAUUUUCUUGCAACACACAGCAGUACAGCAUGAUAAUGGAUGACAUUAGCGCCAUACUUUUCGAUCUCCGACCAAAAUUUCCCUUUACAUCUCAGACUACAUCAGUAAACAUUUUCUAUACUGACCUUAAGCAGCAACUUAGCACCAACUGAAAAUCUUUAUUAUAUUUCUUAACUCGCCCCAGUGAUGUAGAAGUGUAUUCUGGUGGUCAUUAGUACAUUGUGACAUCAUCGUUCGGUGUGGUUACAGGUGCCACAGAGCACAUUAUUUUACAGGGUGUAGUCAGACGAGCAACUUGAAACUUCAAACCAGAGAAUACAGUGAAACACUGCUUUGCUUUUCAGCCUGGUAUUAAAGGAGGAAAUACACUUACAAGACACACACAACAUGACUGGGGUAAUAAAGGUUCCUAACUGAGUGAAAUGACCCAGAAGUAUCUGAGUAGCAGCCAUUAUAAGAGGCUGUUUGAAUCUCUAAAUGCUAAGGAAAGGAGCUGCAAUGCUUCCUUUUCUUAUGUCCUUUAGCAUAGGAUAUACUGGGCAAUCCUUUCAUGAAAGGAAAGGAGAUAAUGCCGUCCUCAAUUCCUUGCGGCAGCAUCACGGCAGACCCACGUUAACAACAUCUGCCGUCGCAUAAUUACGUAGGCUAGUUUAAGUGCAGUCGGAUUCUCUUAGCACUGUGGUUGUCUUUUCCUAAGUCCAUAUGAAUUCUCCUUCACAUCUUGACCUCAUGAAGUUUUCCAUCAAGGUCGAGGAAAAGUGGUUAGGAAAAGACACAAUUUUUUUUUACUAUUAGACCACAUCCCAUGACUGGGGUCAAAGAACAAAGAGAGGAAGGCAGCACCUAAAGCCUCUCAUUAAGUUGAAGUGAUUGCACUUGAGGGGGGGAGGAGUGGGGCGUUGUCUUUCCAGGCAGAAGUGUAUGACUGCGUUCCAUAAUUACAUACUUUUUUACUUUUAAUACAUACUACAGCUGCCCUUACGCACGUACGUACUGUUGCAUGCAGUAUGCAAACAACUGGGACAUAUUACUUCCUCAUAACAUUGCGCCUUGAAGUAAAAAGUUGAAACUUGAAAAGCAUGCUGGCUUGCAUACUGCAAAAUACAACUGGUAUCCUGUUUUUUUGGCUGCAUUUGACAUACUAAAUUUUUUUCUGGCAUACUAAAUAGUAUGGUAGUAUGGGUAUUGGUAUGGUAUUCCGGGCUCAGGUGUGAUCAUGUUGACCCCGUGACGGGGACACUUACUCUCAAACAAUGACAAAUAGUUCUUCAACAUCUACAGUAUGUCAGAAUCAAAUGACAAGCACGUUCUAUUUAUUUUUAUGUUGGAAUAAGCACUUUGGAAAAAAAGUUUCAAGAAAUGCUUUUAUUAAAAUGUUGCCCAUAUGAUUCGGUGUGAUAACUGGGUGCAUCUGCCCUUGGAUCAGCCAGGGUAAACAGUUGAUACAGUCAAGGCAUCGAGCACGACAACUACAAAGUAGAUAUCCAACAUUAAAACCAUUUGUUCACAUAAAAAAAGACUAGUGUUAUUAUUGUCCUCCA